UUUUCAUAUUGGAUUAUCAAAUUGGACUGACAUCCAUUGUAUUAGAUCUGGGGACAAGUGAGCUUCUGAUUAUGUUGAUUGCUUUUCUUUUCCUGAAUUGCAAUUUUUUUUUGAGCUCGAAAACUUCCCUUUGUUCUGGGUAGUGUUCUAUCAUUGAUAGAGUGGAAGAGUGAAAUUUUUUUUGGGUUUGUGCAUGUCUUCAUCGAGUGCAGGUUUAUAGGAGUUAAAGAGUGUGCUUAGUUUGUGCUUGUUUUUUGCUUGUUUGCUUUUAUCAUAUGGGGAUGUGUAUAAGACUGAUGAUCACUGGAGUGCCCAAUUGCAAUUUAGCUGUUUUAUGUGCUCAUAGUUUUCAGUAGGAUUGAGGUAUGGGUUGUUGUGGCCUGUGGGAAUCUACAAGAAACUCACGAGUCAUGAUCACUGGAAUACCCUUUAGUUUUAUUUCAUCUAAUUCCUCAACUUUUCAACUCUUUAACCCUAUUUCAUCUCCCCUAUAAUAACAGACAUACCAAAUAAGUAGCAUCAUUAUCAACAGUGAGGCCCAUGAUAAAAAACGGAAAAUAGAUUAAUUAUCAAUGGUCAUUUUAUGUGUAUAGAUUUUCUGUUAGAGUUCUAAUGAUGAGGACAUCACACCCAAGCCUUUUAAGUUUUAUGAACGGACGAGAUGGAAGAAGAGAGCAGCUAAUAAUUAUAUCUCUUUAUGGUUUGAUUGAUUGCUCAGGUUAUUACUUUCCAGCUUAAGAAGGGUCUGAUCUAGAUGUCUCCAGGCUUAAUUUCAAGAGUCUUCUUGUGUCUUUUAACUGUUACUUUAUUAGGCUUUUUAUGUUUCAGUUUCUGAAAUUUAAGAGUCCUAAUGAGUACUUAAGGCUAGCUGGUGUCAGUUAUAAACAUUAGUAUAAAUAAUGUAAGUGCCCAUAAGCUGAGGUAUGCUAUGUUGAAUAAGAAUAUCAGUGUUUACUGAAUUUUCCUGUGAUAGGAUUAAGGUGAGAAACCUGGGAGAAAUUCCCAAAUUAUAGUGUUUUGGGUGUGAAACCUAGACUAGGGUGUGAAAUUUGGGAGUGAAUCCUAAAAUCAGUGUGCGCUUAACUUACAGUUCUUAGAGCUUGUGAUCCAGGUUCCUAAGCAGCUACUAUGCUGCGUCAUUUAACCCGUAUGGGUUAUCAAGUACAUCUCUAAUAGCUGCAUUUUUGCACACCACCAGUUGACAGGUAGGAGCACUAUGAACAACCGAAACAAUGUAGUGUCUAAUGUUUUGAACAUAUGUGAUGUGCAUGUAAUUAUUUGAAGAAUUAAAGAAUCUCCCACUACACCAGCUUUUUUUACCAGAUCCUAUGUAAAGGAACUUUUAUCACUGCAAUGAUGAAUAUUAACCAACAGUAGCACUGAUGCAGAAUCAACAAGUAUUAUCUAGAAUGCUUCUAGGAAUGUUUUAUGUUCCAGGUUCUAGGAUUUAAUGUUUUAAAUAGGUUAUUUGAUAGUAUUAGAAGUUGUCUUUCCUAGCGGUUUUAGAAUUAUAAAUAGUUCUUUUAAAUAGGAGCUUUGUAUUGAGUAAAAUGUAGAUUGGCAUUGAGAUUAUUGCUUUCUUAAACCUCCGGUUCUCUAUCCUCUUCUCCCUUCUCUCUAUUCUCUUUCUGUUCUCUGAUCUUAAUCCUCUAUUCUUCUCUAUUCUUAAGUUUAACCCCUUUUGCCAAUUCGAAUGCUAACAUAUCUCCUGGAUGAAAGUUUACUAUCUUAGUAAUUUUGUCAUUUUUUAAUGUUUGGGAAUGCAACUUCGCUUCUUCAAAUUUUAUAUGAUCUUCUAGCUGUCUCUGUCCUCUGCUCUUAAUCUAGUCAUAUGUUCUCUAAGUUUAGUUUCAGGUCAGCCUUCUUCUUAUGUGGUGGAUAUGACUGAAAAUGCCAUUAAAGAUCCAUUUAAAACAAAUAAAUUGUUUUCAGUUCUGAACUUCUGAUCAUGAUUAUUGUUCAAUCUUAUUUCAAAAUCACGAGGGUUAGUCCCACCUACAUAUCAAUGAUAUCAUCAAUUGCAUACUUUUAUGCUCAUCAUAUUUAUUAGAUAUUGAAUUGAUAUAAUUGAUUUUACAUUCAUUUGUUGAUAAAUUUCUAUUAGGAAAGUAACUUUCUCAUUGUUGUAUUGUUCAGUUGGCAUUGUCUUACUUUCUAGUACACGCGUUGAGACAUCAAAAGGCCCUCAUGGUGUGCAUGUAGAAGAAAUAGUGACUUAUUCUCAGGAGAACAGUGCUUUGAGCUUCAUCUGAUCCUUUGCUGGUGUUAAACAUUUUGUAAUGUUACGGCUGGCUUCCAAUAUACUACAAAGAGGCUCACCUAGAACCCUCUCAUCAUCUCAUGGUUUCUCAUUACAAUUGUUACUCCACCACAUUUUCCCACAACGAGAAGAAAAUUUCUGGCACCAACAGCGGAGUUGUUUUUUUGGGCAGUCAAAAGCGUCAAGCCCUAGCCUCUCUAUAUGGAGGCGCAAGAAGGAGAUGGGCAAGGAGGGUCUAAUUGUCGCUAAGGAGCUCAAAAGGCUCCGCUCUCACCCCCUCCGCCUUGAUUGCUUCAUACGCUCUCACGUGUCGCGGUUGCUCAAGUCUGAUCUUCUGGCUGUUCUCGCCGAGUUUCAGAGACAAGACCAGGUCUUCCUCUGUAUGAAGAUUUACAAUGUGGUGCGGAAAGAGAUUUGGUAUCGGCCAGACAUGUUCUUUUACAGGGACAUGCUCAUGAUGCUAGCAAGAAAUAGAGAGGUGGAUGAAGCAAAGCAAGUUUGGGAAGAUUUGAAGGAGGAAGAAGUUUUGUUUGAUCAACACACUUUUGGGGACAUUAUCAGGGCUUUCCUAGAAAGUGAAUUGCCGUCGGAAGCAAUGGGUAUAUACGAUGAAAUGAGAAGAUCUCCUGAACCCCCUAUAUCACUGGCAUUUCGAGUUAUAUUGAAAGGGCUUCUUCCAUACCCAGAAUUGCGGGAGAAGGUGAAGGCUGACUUCUUGGAGUUAUUUCCAGAUAUGAUUGUUUAUGACCCCCCUGAAGAUUUGUUUGAAGAUCAAGAAUGGAAACCUGAAAGCGAAGAUGAUUACUAAUGCACCAACUUAUGCUCAUAAUGAAUCUCUUCAGAAGCUGAAGUCAACAGCAAGGGCCAAGUGCUGAUAAAAUGUUUGUGACAUUCGAAAGUAAAUAUGUAGUUUUGUAAUGGA